CAAAAAUCGAUAUCGAAACAAACCUAUCGACUGCGCACAUACGGAACGCAAAACAAGAUUUUCACAUUUAAAAUAUUAAAAACAAUUUAAACAAUGGACGACUACGACUCGGAUGAUGAAAAGUCUCAAGUGGAGAAGCUGCGAAAUGCCAAGGUGCCGCGCGGCAUGUUUGUGAGCGGCUGGGACGACGACGCCGAUGAACUCAUUGAGGAGGACAAGAAUCCCCAGGCCAGCGUUGAACGCAUGAUACUGUGGGCCGUCAACGAGAAUCGUAUCAGUGAGGUGCGUGAAAUCCUCCGACUGGACCCGGAUGCAGUCAAUGCCAGGGACAGCGAUGGCUACAGUCCACUGCAUCGGGCCGCAUACAACAAUUUCGUGGACAUUGCCAAGCUGUUGCUGCAGCACAAGGCCGAUCCCAAUGCCCGCACCGAUCUGGGCUGGACACCGCUGCACUCUGCCUGCAAGUGGAACAAUGCCGAUGUGGCCCAGCUGCUGCUGCAGUUUGGUGCCGAUGUCAAUGCCGAAUCGGAGGGCAAACAGACGCCAUUGCACAUUGCCGCCACAGUGUCCAAUUGCAGGAAUACAGCCACCACCCUGCUGCUGGACAGGAAUGUGCAGCCCAAGAAGGAGAACAAUUCGGAGGAGAUGGCUGCGGUUAUAGCUCGUCGCACGGGCAUGAGUUAUCCGAUCUUUGAGAUCGCCCACGAGGCCUUCGAAUGCGAGACGGGACUGAUAGAUUAAAAAAACAACUAGCCAUCAUAUGUGCAUAAUAAAUAUAAUACCUAAUA